AUGAAUGUGACGAGAAUUGUACAUCGGUGGCGUCUACGACCUAUCGUGGCAAAGAAAAUUGUCAGAUUGUGUCACUCAGGGAAAAAACAGGAGCUAUUUUUAAUAGGGGUUCCCUUUUCAGGCGGACAGGUAAAUAAAAUGUUUUUGUUUAACUAGUAAACGUUUAUAGUUUAUUUAUGGGAUUACGGCGAUAUCCAUUAUUUAAUAUAUACUUGACUGUUUUUUAAAAUAAAGCAGUCCCGCAGUGUGAAAACUAAAGCAGUUUUGUUUUCCUUUUUCACCGUCGUUUCCAGUGUCAUCAAAAAAUCUACGCCUCAGCGGCAUCAAAAUUUGCGCACGUGAUAAAAUAAGGCGAACAGUAAACGAAUUUUUUCCACUUGAAAACCUUCCGACCAAGGAAAUAUAACAGGUGAUCCGUCACUAAGAUGACCUGUGACAUAUGAAGUUUUUCAGAAGUUAGGAAGUUGAAGAGUAAAGUCGUAUUUCAGCGUAUAUACCAUUAAGAUCGUGUGGUAUAUUUAUGUCUAGAUGGUUUGCCCUGUAGAAUGCAUUCGAAAGGUCCGUUCAGCCCAAAGGAAAGUCAAUGAUAUUUUUUUUUAGAAGGCAUAGUAACCUCCCCUGCAGUACCUCCCAGAAGGGUAGCGAAGUAGGGUUCUGAUCACGUUUCGCGUACGAAAUCUAGAAAAAUUCACACAUCGCGUGUACAUUAAACAGUAUUUCAAGCGUCACAAAAUUUUAAAGGGAAAACUUCAAAUCUUACCUUACUUUUCCUUUCUGUAAAAAUUAUAUGUCGCGUAUCUAUUUUGGGCUUGAUCACGGAUCACAUAUAAACCAUUUGCCACCCUCUCCCAGCUAAAUUUUCCCUAGUACUGCCUAGUAUUCACUUCCAACCACUCAACUAAUUAAGUUGUUGGGAGCAACUGCAGAAUACCCUGCCACUUUGGUCCAACUCAUUUACAUGCGUCGGGAGGCUUUGAAGAUAGAGGCAUAACACAAAACACGUUAUUCCUAUUCAAUGACAUUUAAAUGGGUGGCGGGGUAUUCUGCAGUUAAGCCAAGAACAAAUCCCAGAAAUUUUUUUCUAAUUAUUUCCCUCCACCCAACCACCCUAAUUUGCAGCACUGUCAAACAAUACCUGAUUAAAGUAUGUAGUGAUCAUAACAAAUAAUGCUUUGCAUGUUUGAAUAUCUCUCUCAAGAUUUUAAUGUCAUUGACGAGUCAGGCAAUACAGGUGAUGCGAGGAAUGGCUGAAUUUUAGAAUUAAUGUUAUGUCAUUGAAUAAGUAUAAUGUUUAUUGUGUUAUACCUCAAUCUUCAAAGCCUCCUAACACAUGUAAAUGAGGUGGACCAAAGUGGCAGGGUAUUCUGCAGUUGCUCCUUUUUCUUAAACAGGCUAACUGUAAUUUGCAAAACAAAACGAAACAAAACAAAAUGAAACAAAACAAAAGGAAAAUCUGUAAUUUGCUUGGAGUGGCUUAAAUUGAGUUUUUGUUGUGAGAAUGUCUGUGUAUAUUCCCUCAGUUGUGUAAUAACAUGGCAAUGUGGAAUUCAUUAAAUCACAAAAAAGGGUCAUAAAAGAGCCAGCAUCAGAAUUAUUACUAAAUGUUUUCCUAUCAUUAAUAUGCCAGAACCUUGCAAUAAUCUGAUUAAAGAAAAUGUAAUCAUGAGUUUUAUACUUAGCGAGCACUCUCCCAGUUGGAUUUUCAAAGAGGAGUUGUGGAAUCUUACAAUUAAGUCUCAGAUUUAACCAUUUGCUACCCAGUUACAUCCCUGUAGUUCAGCUGGUAGAGUAUGAUCCAGCUGCACCUUUAGAAUUUCUGAUCUUCAAAUCCUCAUGCAUAUCAAAAACUACUCUUGUGAAAAAACAUUACAUAAACAGCAUCUCUAAAGAUAAAGAUGUGUCUUUUUCCGUUGUCUUUUUUUAGCCUAGGAAGGGUGUUGAAGAAGGACCAGUCCGCUUGAGGAAACAAGGCUUAGUUUGCAAAAUAGAGAAAUUAGGUAAAAUUGACCUCUUGGAACUUUUAAUUGAAAAACACUUGAGAGUUUAGUGACCAAAUUACCAACAUUUUUGCACAUUGUUUAACUCUCAGGCUACAAAAUAACAGAUUUUGGAGAGAUGACUGUACCACAUAUUGAAAACCACAACAUUUCAAGAGAGAGGGUGAAAAACUCAGUAGAAUGUGGAACUGUUGCAAAAAAGGUGGGUGAUAAUUUAACACAGUACCUCCAUUUAUAUGCAUCAUAAUCUAAACCCAUUAUUGGUGAAAAACAAAAAACCUCAUGCCAAUGCUACAUUAUUUGAGAUAACACAGUAUUCCACAGUUAAGGUACAGGGUUUUUUCCCAAAAAGAAUUGUAGAAGUAGAAGAUAAUAUGUCUGAGUUAAAAAUGAUUUGGUUUUAUCAACUGAGUUGAGUUAGAUUGUAAAUUGGCCAUGACCAUUUAUUUCACUUCAGCAACUCUUUAUGGUGGCCAAUUUAUAUUUAUUGUCAAUUCAGUUGUUAAAACCAAAUUACUUUGGAAUACUCUUCACUGACAAAGCACUAUGGCUUCUUUAGAAACCUACUCCCUUCAUUCAUUUGAAUUAAAAAAGGUAGCUGAAGUUGUAAAGUUGAAACAAGAGAGCUCUGCAAAGUAUAUAGCCAAAGAAUCUCUGUUUUUGACUUAAGUCUGGGGUAUAGUUUACAACGAGGAUUAAGUUCCUCCCUUCUAUAACCCUUUUUUAAUAAUAAUAUGUUAUUUGUUAUUAUUUAAAUAAAGUUGUCAUAAAUAAAGUGCAAGGACUUAAGUCAAAUAUAAAGCAUUAUGAACAUUUCAAAAUCUAUUUUGAAUCUGCAAAUUUUAAAUGACUAUGAUUGUGCGAAUAUGUUCAUUGAUUCCUUUGUCUGCCAGCUUGCCCAAGAAAUAGCAAAAGCUACACAGGAAGGGAAGCUUUCUCUCACAAUAGGAGGAGAUCACAGGUAGCCCAACAAAAUCUCACUAUUUUAAGUAUUCUCUAUUCCAUUGGUAUUAUAUCAUAAUUUUGAAGUUAAUUUUAUCUAUCUACUGUUUUCGGAGACACAGUGAUUUACUUGUUUGUGUUAAACCUGUUGAUACAUGGUUUUUGUUAUGUGAAUGGUUCAAAAAUUUAAAAUUGCAAGUACAGGUGAAAGUGGAAGACUGCUGAAUAACACCCUUGUUAUGCAAGCAGUCUCGGAAGGGUUGAGUUACUCUUUGGAAUCUCUUUGAAGUUAAUCCUUUACACCCUAACAUCUGAAUAGAUAUUCUCCAUACUAUUCUCCAUUCAUUUCCUGUGGUACUGACAAGGAGAGUUUGUUUGACAAUCAAGAAGUUGUUUCAUUGGUAACCUUUUCUCGCUUCUUUUAUUCUCAUCAUGUUAAGAAUUGAUUUUUAAUUUCAAAUUUUACCCCAAAGAGUGAUGAGCAUCUAAUUUCUCCCAACAGUUUCACUCUGGAAUUAAACUUUAAGGUUAUAAGAAUAAAGGAAAUUAUUGCAAACUCAAGAAGUUCCUGAUUGUUAGACAAACUUUCCUUGUAAGUCACAUAGGAAAUUAACAGAGAACUUACCGUAUGGAGAGUCUGCAUACUGAUGUGAGAGUGUAAAGGGUUAAGAGUUGUACAACUGCCAGGCAUUAUUUUGAAUUCAUGAUUAUUCACACUUGGUAUAUUUUCCUGCUUAGUUUUCGUGUGUUUUGUCUCUACAGCAUAGCAGUUGGUUCAGUUUUUGGCCAUGCAUCUGUUACAAGAAACCUAGGUUUACUCUGGGUUAGUUAAUAUUUUACUUUGCAGUGAGCAAUGUUUUAAGUUAUACUUAGCCUCCUUAUUUUUAUCUGAUGUCCUCUGUGCAAUAAUCUCUUUAAAGGCAACCGAACUUAGCUUAAUAGUAUGUAUACAUGCUGGCAAGUAGUUUGUGUCUAAUUUGGUGUAAGGAUAUCAGCUCUAUAUCAGCUUUAGUUGUAAAACAUCUCUCAUGUAUAUUUGAAAUAACAUACUGUGUUCCUUGAAUAAGUGCCCAUGCUCUGAUGUGCAGCCUUCCCUGAAUAAGCACCCACUAUAAUGUCAAAUGAGCACCCCCCCACUCCUCCCUCACUUUCUUUGAAGAAUAUAAGGAUCAAGAGCCCUCUUUUUCACUGAAUUUUAAUGAGGUACCUGUGCACUAAUUUGAAGAAAUAUGGUAUUUAUAUUUUUCUAAAUGCUUUGUAAUUACCAGUAUAUUGUAGUUGUUCUUUGUACUUGAGCUUGCCUUGUACUUUAAAUUCGAAAAUGUUUCAUUGGUAAUAUCUGUUUCUUGAUUUCCCAUUUCAGGUUGAUGCUCACAUGGAUAUUAACAGUCCAGCUACUACUAAAACUGGAAAUAUUCAUGGAAUGCCCCUCUCCAUGUUAAUCAAGGGCAUUCCAGAGGUAUAGCUGACCUUUUAAAUUUGCUACCAAGAUACUCAAGGGUGUAGCUAGGGGAGGGUCCUGGGUUGCCUGUGACCCCCCUUUGUAAGCCUUUUUUGUCACAUUGUGUGAAUCAGGGCAUGAUGAGUACCCUCUGUCUGACACAGUGUGACUCUCCCUUUUGAAAAAUUCCUAGUUACGCCCCUGAUAAUCUGUAUACGGAUAGCAAUAUAGAAAAGCACACACUUGUGUUGCAUUUCUAAAAAACAUCUAAAUUGUGUGAAUCUCAGAAAACUGUGUACACCAGAGUUAUUUCAGUCUUUAAUGUUAUUUUGUCUAAGAGAAAAAAACCAAUUAGUGGGUCUCAGUAACUUAAUGGGCCUAUGUAGCUGUUCUGAUUUCAUUCAAGAUGGGGGUUUCGAAAGGUUUGAAAAUUAUACAAUAAAACUAUCAGCUAGAGAAAUGAAAUGGACUGGUAAGGUUGCUAGAAGCUGUUUCUCUAUUCUUAAAAUUUUUAUUUAAAUACAGCUUUGGGUCUGUUAAAUUACAGGUACUUUCGAGAUUUUAAUGGGCUCCAAGUGUGAGCAAACUUACAAAGUGUAAGAAGUCACAGUAUAAGUUAGUGGUGUUUUAGUUUGCUCACAUGUUUUGAUCUCUGAUGGGAUUAUUUAUGACACAAUGAACAUUGCACAAAUAUUUUAGAUGUUUAUGGUUUUCUGAGUCAUGACACUAAGCAGUGGUCAGUUUCCAGGUUGAAUUAAUUCCAUAUCUAAGAUUAAGAUAAGCUAGCUCAGUAAUGAAAUCAUCCCCCCCCCCAUGACAAUUUCUAAAGGUAUGAAGAAAAAAAACAAUGGAAAAGUCAGAGGCAGCAGAAUGAUAUUUGUUGUAUCUCAAAUUCACAUUUAGUACAAAUCACUUUAAAUUUGUUCGAUCUUUAUUUUGCAGUUUCCUUCCCUUCCUGGAUAUGAAUGGUGUUCUCCAUGGUAAAUUAUUGCUGCUGCUGAAUGUUUGUUCACUCCAAGCUUUUUCCAUAUGAUUCAUUUGUAGGAGUGUAGUGUGACUCAGUGAGGGAAAGAUAGUACCUAAUUCUAUUUAUAUAUGGCUUGUGCAAUGCUCUUGGCCAGUGGAAACCAUUGAAUAUUAAGCAAUGUAGGAUACAGAGUUGAGGAAAUAUUCAAUAAUUUUCAGAUGGCAUUGAAAUUUGAAAUCCUAACCUUUUCCUAACUGUAUCAAAUUUUUAUUUUGAAAACUUAUCAAUGAAUAUGAUUAUAAUCCAGUAUAUCCCUAUUUUAUGGUUCAGUUAUUUAUAAACAAUGAUUUUGAAAGUGUUAAAAAGUAGAAUUAUCAAUAUCCUGAGAAGGCUUUGGACUGCAAUCUCUUUGCAGUCUUUAGUAUAACUGUAAGUUACACAGAGCAAAUUGGUUAUUGUUCAUUUCCUAAUAGGGCGAGCCUCAAGUUCAAAUGACCUUUUUUUUCCACUUUUUAGUUUGUCUCCAAAGGAUAUUGCUUACAUUGGACUCAGAGAUGUUGAACCCCAAGAAAGGUAAUUAUGUGUACCAAAAAAGUUAACCAUUUUACCCCUAAUUGAUGAUAUAUUCCAUGAUAUUGGAAAUGAGGGGUUAAUGUGCAGUCUAUGCAGUCAAGUAUUUACAGCAGAGUUGUAUGAUCAUUUUUCUUUCCAUGUUCAUUUGAUACCUUUGAUAUAUUAUGAUUCUAGGGACAUCUGCAAACAUUUGGGGAUUGCUGCGUACACCAUUGAUGAUGUUGACAAAGAUGGAAUUGGAGUCAUAAUUGAAAAAGCUCUGGAAAAAAUCAAUCCCAAGUAUGUUGAUAAAUAUUUCAUUCAAAAAAAUUUACUUAACCCUUUAACUCUCAGAUCAAAUUUGUAAGUCUCCUUACUGUCAAUUAUACAAUUCUAUAAGGUUAAAUCAGAGAAUUUAGUGACGGAUCAAUCAAUUAUUCCCAAAUUGAUAUUUUUCUUUAUUCUCAGCACUUAUCUGGUUGAUAUUGUAUUGAUAUUGUAAGGAGAAAUUCUGUCUUGGUCACUUAUGGGAGUUAAAGGGUUAAUGUUAUGUAGCAAUGCAAAGACAUUUCAACAUUUAUUGCAUGCUAUUUCAGCCAAAGGUUUUUUCCUAGAGCAUAGGGAAAAAUAAGUAUUCUUAAGACCCCAACCUGAGGAAAUAGUUGUGACCAUAGUGAGUUAUUAGUCAUCACAUUGUAUUUUGGUACAUAAUGUCCAUGGUGAAACCCUCAGGAUAGCAUUAUUGGGUUUUGUUUGUAAGAAAGACAAUUCAAAUUCUCACAGCACUCCUUCCCCUCUUAGGAAUAUAUUAGAUGUCAGCAAAUGUUAAGGAAACUUGGCAUGAUCAAUUGCUGGCAAAGUGGAGGGGGGUGUGGGUUUUUUUUGCCAUGGAAUAGAAUCCUUUCUUAACCCUUUAACUCCCAUUAGUGACCAAGUCAGAAUUUCUCCUUACUGUAUCAAUACAAUAUCACGCAGACAAGUGAUGAGAAUAACAAAAAAUUUCAAUUAUAGGAUUACUAAUUGAUCCAAUACCAAAUUCUCCAAACUAACAUUAUGAGAAUCAUUUGGUAGACAAUAAGAAGAAUUACUAAUGAGGUCUUGAGAGUUAAAGGGUUAAGAAGGAGUAACCAUACCUCCUGUUCCUUUGUGUAGAGAAGAACAUUUAGAUAAGUUUCAGUAGAGGGCCAAAAGGUUUAAUCCUUUACAUCAGUAUGCAUAUUCUCCAUACUGUUUCCUAUACAUUUACUGGGAUACUUACAGGAAGAAUUUGUCCAGCAAUUAAAAGCUUUUUCAGAGGCGAUUAUUUCCUUAAUUUUUGUGACCUUUUUGUUAAUUUAGUGGUGUUACUGCGAGGUGAGAAUAGAUGUUAGUUGCUCUUGAAAGCUAAGGCUUUGAAAUAGCAGUAAUUUCGUUAUUUUUGUUGCUGUUUCAUUAGUGGCAAUCGUCCAAUUCAUGUAAGUUAUGAUAUUGAUUCCUUGGAUCCAAAAGAGACUCCAAGCACAGGAACACCAGGUGGGUGUUUUGCUUCAUUCAAAGUGUAAAUAAACUUUAUUUUUUCCUGAAAAAAGGUGAUCUUGUUGUUUGUAACUCAUGAGGCAAGGAACCUCUUUUUUUUUUCAGUGAGAGGAGGCCUCACACUGGAUGAAGGAAUUUACAUUGCUCAGAUUGUGGCACAAUCAGGUAUGUUUGUGAUAAAUAUAAUGUUAAUAAAGACUACAGUCAUCCUCAGUAUUGGAAGAUGUUGGGAAUGAAGUGCAAUCAUCUUAAGCAAGUAAUUCUGGAGCAGGUCCUGGUUGGUCAAAAGGUGGAUGACACUAUUUGCUGGAUAAAUCUCUAUUCAGUGGGUAGCACAGAACAUUAACAUUUAUCCACUGGAUAGGGACUUAUCCAUUGGAUAGCAUUAUCUGCCUUUUGAAAGAUUGGGUGGAUAAGACCCUAGCUACUAACGCGUGCAUUAGAGAGCAGACACAUGAGUUCAUGUAUGUUACCUCCUACUUUCAUUUGCCAGUCAAAGUCACUCUCACUUUAUUGAAUGAACUGCCUGCUUUUAAGGGGUACCUUCUCCUUCCCUCUUUCCUCUGAUACUCUAAAUUAUGAUCAUGUCUUUUGUUAAUGUAUAGGAUGCCUGUCUGGUAUUGAUGUAGUGGAAUUCAACCCUGCCAUUGGAACUGAGGAAGAAGUACUGAAAACUGCUCAAAACACUAUGAAACUUAUUCAAAUCUUACUGGGUCUGGAGAGUCACCUGAAAGAGGCUCCUCUGCCCCCGGUUGAUGACAACGAAGCUUCAAGUGGAUUAUAAACAAGCAAAGGGCGGGGUCAUAUUUUUGGAGGGGAGG